AUGGGUAAAACAAUGGUUGCAGAAGCAAUUUUCAACAAGUAUCAUCCCAAUUUUGAUGCUAAAAGUUUCAUUCAAAACAUGAGGGAAAGGAAACUGGUUGAUCUUCAAGAACAACUUCUCUUUGAUAUCUUCAAACCGACCAAGAGAAGUUGUGGUUACUGUGGUGGUUUGCCACUAGCACUGAAAGUUUUAGGCUCUUCUCUAUACAAAAGAAGCACAAUAGAAUGGAGAAAUGCAUUGGAUAAAUGGAAAACACUUCCUCCUAAGGAAAUUCACGAAAAGCUUAAAUUAAGCUAUGAUGGGCUACCUGAUAAUUACAUGAGGGACGCAUUCCUUGAUAUAUCAUGUUUCUUCAUUGGAAUGGACAUGAACUAUGUCAUGCAAAUAUUGGACCGUCGUUGCUUUUCUCCGGUAAUAGGACUGCGUGUCCUCCUUGAAGAGAGCCUCUUAACUGUUGGUGAAGAUAACAAGUUGAUGAUGCAUGAUUUGGUUCGAGACAUGGGCAGAGAAAUUGUACGUGCACAAUCCUCUAACAUCACUGGAGAACGUAGUAGAUUGUGGCAUCAUGAAGAUGUAAAAGACGUAUUGAGGAACAAAUCUGGAACAGAGGCAAUUGAAGGACUCACUUUAGAUUUGCAAGAAUCUGACGAGCCUAGCUUCAGUACAGAAGCAUUUAGAAGGAUGCGGAGACUGAGAUUGCUCAAACUCAAUUACGCACAGCUGACUGGAAGUUACGAGCAUCUCUCGAAAGAGUUACGAUGGUUGUGUUGGCAUGGAUUUCCUCUCGAGGUCAUACCAGAAGAUUUUGAUCAAGAAAACCUAGUUGCUAUUGACUUGAGCUAUAGCAAGUUCAUUCGAGUUUGGGAGGAUUCCCACGUGUUUCUUUGGGAGUUAAAGUCUCUUGAUCUCGGCCAUUCCGUUUGCCUGAAAAAAUUACCCGACUUUUCAAGACUCCCAAAUCUCGAGGAAUUGAUACUCAGAGGCUGUAAGAGUUUGUUAUGGGAUCACCUUUCCAUGAUGAGACGGUUGGACGAGCUUGAACUUAAAUUGUUAGAUCUUGGACAUUCCGAAUAUGAGAGAAUUGGAUCUGAAGGACUGCCGGAAACUCAAGUAUAUUUCAAACGUGGAUGGCUCGUUACACUCCACGGAAACGAUUCAUAUGGCAAUCUCAGUGCUCGGUUUAAGAAGUACAUGCUAAAGGGAUGGGCCGCGAGCGGAGGGGGUGGCCUUUUCUUCUCUGGAAAUGAUAUUCCUCCGUGGUUCACAGCUGUGGUCAAGGAGGAUGAAAUUGUCUAUAUCGAUGUGCCGUAUUAUGGCGUAGACGCCUUGACUCUGUGUGUCAUUUAUUCCUCAGACGACUCGCAGUCUAGUGGGAGACUUUCUUUGACUGUUGUGAAUCGUACCCAGCGCACUGCAUUUUCCAUAUUUCCAAUGACCGUCUUUGGAGUGACUCCCCAUGAAGAUUAUCUCUGGCUUGGACGCAUACCAAACAAUGUUCUCAAUCUGAAAGGCGGGGACAACGUUCUUGCUCGCGCAGAAUUCUUAAGAGAAGAGGGCAAGAAGCAUUUAAAGUUGAAGAAAACAGGACUCCGUCUAGAAGGGAGAGUUUUUAUGCGUAAAGGUCAGGAAUAUGAGAUGGAGUGGGAGUCUAAACCAUAUACUGAUGAUGACGCGUGGCCAAGCAAACACUCGCAUAACCUCAUAAACGGAUUUAACCCCUGGUAUUGGUAG